AUGUCAUUUCUUGAAGAAUUUCAAGCCAAUUUGGAUUCACUGCCCAAUAUUCUUCAUAAGAAGUAUGCCCUGUUGCGUGACCUAGAUAAGAGUUUAGAAGAUAAUCAAAGGCAAAAUGAACAGCGUUGUCAGCAAGAAAUUGAAGAUAUUAGGCGAGGAGUUAGGUCUGGAAACAUCACACUCGAUACUUCAGUUAUUAGAUUAUCUGAUGAAGCACUUGAUGAACAAAAGCAUAGCAUCAGGAUUGCUGAUGAAAAAGUUGCCUUGGCUGUCCAAGCAUAUGAUUUGGUCGAUACACAUAUACAACAACUUGAUCAAUAUCUGAAAAAGUUUGACGAGGAGCUUCGGCGUGAAAGAGAAAAUGCUGCAAUGACUGGAGUGCCUGCUUCAAGUACAGACGUCAACACAAAAUCUGGAAAGAAUGAAGGCGGUAGAGGAGGCAGAAAAAAAACACGGCAAACAACAUCUGUCCAAACUGCAAUAGCAGCAGCAACUGCAGCAGCAGCAGAACUAGCCGCAUCUGCAAACCCUACUGGCAUGGAUUUAGAUUUACCGGUUGAUCCGAAUGAACCCACAUACUGCUUUUGCAACCAAGUUAGCUACGGAGAAAUGGUUGCCUGCGAUAACCCUGAUUGCAAAAUAGAGUGGUUUCAUUUUGGUUGUGUUGGCCUGAGAGAACAACCAAAAGGAAAAUGGUUCUGUUCAAGUUGUGCAGCAACAAGAAAUCGCCGGAGAGGCAAAUGA